AUGAUCAGUACAAGACGGACCGGGCGCGCGAUCGGUUGUGACGGCGAGCGGCGCGCGGGCAGUAAGGGCGAGGUCAGGAUGCGUGGCAGAGCAUCCAGGAUAGCAGCAGCAACGCCCACCGGGCCGAGGGUACCAACAUCGGUGCUGGAUGAUCGACGACGACACCAGCGCGAGUGUCGUGCGUGCGGUAAUGCACACGAUGUAGUGACCUGCAAGUUUGCUCGCUACGUGUGUCGAGUGUGCAAUAAACAAGGGCAUUUACAAAGGAUGUGUCCUUAUCUAGCAGGACAACACAGCCUCAACGUGGUGCAGAGUGAGACUGACAGUUUAUUAAACAGUGAAGGAAGUGACGAGUUCCAGAUAUUGUAA